AUGAUGAUGGAGUUUAAAGAAGACAUGAUGAAGACCUUUGAGAUGAUUGAUCUUGGCUUGAUGAGUUACUUCCUCGGUAUAGAGGUAAGUAAGAGAAAUGAUGGAAUAUUCAUCUCACAAAAGAAAUAUACAGAAGUUUUACUGAAGAAAUUUAAUAUCUACACGACUAGACAUCAUGUUCGCUACAAGUCUUCUAUCAAGUUUCAUGCAAAAGCCAAGUCAAAUAUUCACUAUGGAACAGGAAAAAGAAUAUUGAGAUAUCUACAAGGCACAAGGGAGUUUGGUAUAUGGUAUAAAACCAUGACCAAAUCAAGGAUGAUUGGCUAUACCGACAGUGAUUGGGCAGGAUCAAUAGAUGACAUGGAGAGUACAUCAAGAUAUGCCUUCUCACUAGGAUCUGGAUUUUUCUCUUGGGCGUCAAAGAAGCAAGCAACAGUUGCACAAUCAACAGCAGAAGCAGAGUAUAUAUAG